AUGGAGCCGGCCCGGGAGCCCCCCGCGCGGGCCCGGCCGCCGCCGCCCCCCGCCGUCCGCCCCGCGUCCGCCCCCGCCGCGCCCAGGCUGCGCUCCCCCGCCGAAGCGGAGGGCCGCGGUCCCGAGGGGCUGCUGCGGCGAUCGGGGUCGGGCUACGAGGGCAGCACCAGCUGGAAGGCGGCCUUGGAGGACACCACCACGCGUCUCCUGCUGGGGGCCAUCGCAGUGCUUCUGUUUGCCAUCCUGGUGGUGAUGAGCAUACUGGCUUCCAAGGGCUGCAUCAAGUGCGAGGCGCCCUGCCCGGAGGACUGGCUGCUCUACGGAAGGAAGUGCUACUUCUUUUCUGAGGAACCGAGAGACUGGAACACGGGCAGGCAAUACUGUCACGGCCACGAGGCCGCGCUGGCUGUGGUCCAGAGCCAGAAGGAGCUGGAAUUCAUGUUCAAGUUCACACGGAGGGAGCCCUGGAUUGGUCUGCGCAGAGUGGGGGACGAAUUCCACUGGGUCAACGGGGACCCGUUUGACCCAGACACAUUCCCCAUCUCGGGCCCGGGGGAGUGCGUCUUCGUGGAGCCCACCAGGCUGGUGUCGACGGAGUGUUUGAUGACCCGGCCCUGGGUGUGCAGCAAGAUGGCCUACACCUGA